CGUGCACAUCGCCGUCCCGUCCCCUCGGCCGCUGCUGCGGCCCCGUCCCGCCGGGAGCCCUCUGAGGGGCGGCCCCGCGGCCAUCUUGGGCGGCGGCGCGUGCGCGGUGCGGAGCGGCAGCCGGAGCCAUGGGGCCGGGGCAGAACGGCGCCUUGAAGGUUGAAUGGAUUGCUGCAGUCUCCGUAGCUGCUGGAGCAGUUGUUGUUGGAUAUCUAGCUUACAAAAAACUUCUUUCUAGAGACAAAUCCUCCAAAGCAAUGGUGAAUCCCCAUAUCCAGAAGGAUAACCCCAAGGUAGUCCAUGCCUUUGAUAUGGAAGAUUUGGGAGACAAGGCUGUGUACUGUCGUUGUUGGAGGUCUAAGAAGUUCCCACUGUGUGAUGGCUCUCACACAAAGCACAACGAGGAAACUGGCGACAACGUUGGGCCUCUCAUCAUCAAGAGGAAGGAGGCGUAGAGUGGACACUAGAAGCUACAGAAUCAAUGUCUGACAAAUCCUCUGUUCUCUUGUAAUUGGGGGCAAAAAUCCACAAAUUCUUUGUCAUAUCACUGAAGAUUUCACAAUGUAGUGUAUACAUCAGGCUUCAGCAUGUAUAUUUUCUCUGGUGCUUGUUGUCUUUCAAUCACUACAAUGCAUAAUUUACUAGGUAGUCAUGGUUUAAAUUUUUUGUCCUGUAAAGUGUGUGUACCCUCUCACUGAGUGUGAAACUAAAAUGAGGCACAGAAUGUACUUCAUCAGGAAAUAGGUAUUAAAUUAUUUUCAAAUACAUGUGUAUUGAAAGGUAGAUAAUAAAAUCCUCGAGAGGUUCAGAGCUGGAUAGAUAUCCAUGUAAAAGGCAGUGGCAGGGAAGAAAUCACAGUGCCAUCUUAAUCUCUGAUUAUGCUGCAUUUUCUGCAGGUGUCACAUUUGUCCUGUUACACUACAGUGUUGUACGGCUUCUGUAAAAGAACAAAUUCAAAUUCAAAAUUGCUAGCUUUGAACAGACAACAGAAAAGGCUGACAGUAAGAUGGGGCUAGAGGGCAACUUUACUUUUGAUUUUACAGCAGCAUUGAAACUUGACCCUACUUCCAUUUGGUAUCAAGAAAACACUGUCCAAGCUGCAGACCUGUAUUUAGAGUAGGAUUAGGGAAAUAGUCUCUAGAGAUUUCUUAAUAGAUGAGUGAAAUGACAAAGUGGUUCAAGAGUGGUGGGCAGGGGGAGUGGCAGGAUUGUUGUUGCUAUUGGAGAAAGCCUUAGUUUCACUUGCAUUCUUUCAGUGAAGCCAACUUCCCCAGACCACAGGAUGCUUCUGUGGGGUGGCUACGCUGAUUAAUUCCAGAAGCUAAAAUAAAAACUAAAACCCCCACCUGUCAUCACCAUCUGCUUCACCAUUGCACUGGCUGGUUCUGGAAAGCUUUUCCCACUGAGGAGGGAGGAGGCAUACCUUUCUUAAUAUGUGGCCUUAGGCUCUAUGUGUCUUAACUCCUGCCUCCCUGAGCUGCUAAUGUGGUUCAGCUGAUUUUACCAAAAAACCCUGGCAUGGAUCAAGCAGGGCUUUGAAAACAGAUAGAAACAAGAAGGGAGGGAAGGAUGAGACAGAGAGCUCUUAUCCUCCUUACCCAUGGCACUUGUCUUCUUGUUUGGUGUGGUUGCAUUAAUGGCUGUCAUGUUGGUUUCCUUAAAUAGCUUUGAUUUAUUAACAUGCGUGUAAGUACAAAGCAAAACCCAAAGAGUGGGGCAGCUGGGGGCAAUUUUGUACUAAACCCAGUCCAUUAGUGUAACUGUGGCCUGCAAAAGAUUGAGCUCUGAAUGUCCUCGGACAGAACUACCUCAGGGCUACAUGAAAGGCCUUGUUAGGAAGCUGACAUUUUAGCCUGGACCCUUAAGGAUUUGUCAGAUGAUCAGGGCAGGAGAGGUUCUGUUUGUUUUAUUUUUUUAAGGGUAGUUGGUACAACUGUUAAAACUGAAGAUGUUUUGCAUAGUCUCUAUGUGAGGCUUUUAGAGGCUGAGGUCUUGGCCAGUUGGCCUGGAUUUGGGCAGAAAGCCCAGAAUGUAAAGAAGGAGGCACAGAUAGAGAAAGGUGGAGUCAGAGUAAGGGCACUACUGACCAAGAGACCUCUUGACCUGAAAGAAGUUGCAGUCAAAUAAGUCAGUUUGUCUUUUCUGUCUGAGUGUAAAGACUUGAUAUUUUUUACUUUGCUGAGUACUAAUGCAUAUGGAAAGUUGUUUUAACCUUAAAUUAUCAAAUGCAUUUUAUCCAAAGCAAAGUAACUUCUGUAUUAUUAGAAUAUGACAGUGGAUAUUUCUGUAUUUUUGUCAAAUACACGUUUGAGCUCAUCUUAAUCUCAAGGUUGUAAAGUCUGUGUUCUCAUGGCUAUGCUCUUUCUUUCAGUAGAGCUGUACAGUGCUGCUGUAGUCAUGAACCUCUGUAUGGAGUGGAUUUUCCUUCUGAGACUCCUUUUCCUGUCAACAUCAAAGCCUGGCUGCUCCUGAAGGAAUAGAAAUUGUGUUAAUGGUCUGAGAAAUGAAGUCCUGAAGUUUCAGAUAAGUCUCCCGAGUCAUAAAACUAUUUUGUGGAGUUUGCCAAUAAAAUAUUUCCGGGAGUUUGGGCGUCAGGGAAGUGGGCCCCAUGGGAAGUUUUUAUUCCUGAGAAGCAGAGUCUCUGUUGAUUUACAUCCUGGUGACUUUUGUUUUGGAGAAGUGUUGCAUUUCUGAAUGUUCAGACCUUAAUUAGAGGCACACACAAUUCCUGUACUGUACCUUCUUUAUGCAAGCUGUUCAAAUGUGAUGAUGAGAAGAGAGUCUUGGAUUUGAGGAAACAAAUUUAACCAAGCAGUCUCAAUGAGCAUCACAGAGAACACUGCAUUUUUUCUCUUAGUACCAUAAUAGGUACUAAGGUACAAUAAUAGGCACUACAUUCUAAUGGGUGGAGUGCUUGACUGUUCCAGUGUUUUCCUAAGUCUUGUUCUUUAGUGUUUUCCUCAAAUAAUCUCUAGAGUAUGAAGUGCAUUGGUUACAUUUCUACCAAUUUUAACCAUAAAUUUAACCACAUGAUUCAAAUGUGCAGUUUUGACCUCAGAUUGAAACUCCUAAUAGAAAUCCUUCAAAAAAUUAAAGCAGAGAAAAAUCCCUGCCACAGAGUAAAACUAUUUCUGCUCCUGGUUAUUUUCAGCAUACAAGUGUUUGUUGGGAAGGUCAGGCAAUUAAAGUACUGAUUCUUGAGUAA